AUGGAGGUCUGCUGGUUCGCCCUGCGCCUUUCUGUGUUGCUGUGUUUUUCACAGCACGUCUCUUCUCAGAUAAGAUAUUCCAUCCCAGAGGAAGUAAACGUGGGAUCUGUUGUUGGAAAUGUUGCCAAGGAUUUGGGACUUGAUAUCAGUACUUUGGCUGACAGGCGAUUUCGUAUUGUUACUGGAUCAGAUCAGGAGCUGUUUCGGUUAAAUCAGAACAGCGGAGUGCUCUAUGUUCACAGGAAUAUCGACCGUGAAGAGAUCUGUGAUGGGAAUUGUUUGAUCAAUCUUAAAGUCGUUGUUGAAAACCCACUGGAAGUACACUACGUCGGUGUUGAAAUAACGGAUGUUAAUGACCAUGCCCCGACAUUUCCCGAAAGGGAACAGCACUUGGAAAUAGCAGAGCAUAUUCCUCCAGGUACUCGUUUCCAAAUCCACGCAGCAAGAGAUCCUGAUGUCGGCUUGCAGUCGGUUCGUUUUUACAGGCCGAGCUCAAAUGAUUUUUUUGAGGUUGAAGUUGCAGAUAGCCACGAUGAAAAGAUACCCUAUUUAGUGCUGAAGAAGCCUUUGGAUAGGGAGCAGAAUGCAGAGCAUAAUUUAGUGUUGACGGCUCUUGAUGGGGGCACUCCGUCCAGAUCAGGGUCCCUUAAUAUAACUAUCACAGUAAUAGAUGCUAAUGACAAUCGCCCUGUGUUCAGUCAAGACACAUAUACUGUAUCGAUAUAUGAAAAUACAUCUAUUGGAAUGAUGUUAAUUAAAAUAAAUGCUACUGAUUUAGAUGAAGGUCCGAAUGGUGAAAUAGAUUACACCUUUGGCCAAACACAAAAGAAAAAGGUGUAUGAUACGUUUGGUUUAGAUAACAUGACAGGUGAGAUUCGACUGAAAGGAAGCUUGGACUUUGAGGACACUGAGGUUUACAGAUUGGAUAUACAGGCUUCUGAUAAAGGCCAGUUACCAUGGACGGCUGCAGCUAAAGUUGUGAUUAAGAUAAAGGAUGUGAACGACAAUAACCCUGAGAUAGAGGUCACAUCAUUAUCCAACGUAGUGCCCGAGGAUUCAAAGCCUGGCAGCGUAAUUUCACUUAUUAGUGUGUUGGACAGGGAUUCUGGAGUAAACGGUAAAGUCCUUUGCAAAAUAUCAGGGAAUGUUCCUUUUGAUAUGACGCCAUCCAUCCAGGAGAACAUGUACUCCCUCGUCACAAGGGGACACCUGGAUCGUGAGAUGGUGUAUCAUUAUGACGUCACUAUAACAGCCACUGACUGCGGUGAUCCUCCCCUGUCCACUUUUAAAACUUUGAGUGUUCAGAUCUCAGAUGUAAAUGACAACAGUCCGACAUUUUUACAGAACCCUUUGGAUCUAUAUUUGAUAGAAAAUAAUGUCCCUGGUGCAUCCGUUUUCUCUGUACGUGCGUCUGAUAACGAUCUGAACGAAAAUGCAGAUAUUUCAUAUCAUAUUGCCAGAGCUGAGGGGAGACAGAAUAAUAUGGCAUCAUUUCUGAACAUCGAUUCUGAUAAGGGGCAAAUUUCCGCGUUAAAAAGUUUCGACUUUGAAACUCUGAAGACUUUCCAGUUCCACGUGGUUGCCACGGACUCCGGAAGUCCCUCGUUGCGCAGCAACGUGACAGUGAACGUGUUCAUCCUGGAUCAGAACGACAACGCUCCAGUCAUCUUGUAUCCAGUCAGCGCUAACGGUUCUGCUGAAGGUGUGGAGGAGAUUCCCCGCAAUGUGAACGCAGGUCAUCUGGUGACUAAAGUGAGAGCGUAUGACGCUGAUAUAGGAUAUAACGGCUGGUUGUUAUUUUCACUGCAGGAAGUCACUGACCACAGUCUGUUUGGUUUGGACCGCUACACAGGACAGAUAAGAACACUUCGUUCAUUCACAGAGACAGACGAGGCUGAACAUAAACUGGUCAUACUGGUGAAAGACAAUGGGAACGUGUCACUCUCAGCAACAGCUACUGUGGUUGUCAAGGUCGUGGAGCCCAAAGAGGCUUUUGUUGCCUCUGAUGUUAAAAGUGCAGCAAAAGAUGAAGAUGAGGACAACGUGACACUUUAUUUGAUGAUAACUUUGGGCUCAGUUUCAGCACUUUUCCUCAUCAGCAUCAUCGUAUUGAUUGUAAUGCAGUGCUCCAAACCUGCAGACUAUUCCUCCAAGUAUUUACAAGACCCUAAUUAUGACGGGACUCUGUGUCACAGCAUCCAGUACAGAUCUGGAGACAGACGGUACAUGUUAGUUGGACCCAGAAUGAGUAUAGGAUCUACCAUAGUCCCAGGAAGCAAUGGGAAUACCCUAGUGGUCCCAGACAGGAGGCGAACAUCUGUGGAGGUAAGAAGGGUUUUAAACAAUUCUCAAGUCAUAAACUGUGUAAACGUGGAACUUAAGAUGCUGUUGGGUUUGGAGUCAGCUAUUUUUCCUCUUACUCUUAAAAUGUUCAGCUGUUCUAAUGAGGGUUAA